AUGACCCAACCGCCAAUGAAAUUGAGCCAUGGGACAUUUCCACCGGUCCCAUCCAGCAUGGAGGACAAGCCAUGCAAAUUUUCAAUGGAAGAUUUUACCAUCCACGAUAAACUCGGAGAGGGGUCCUAUGGGAAGGUGGUGUUGGCCUCCCAUCCCUCCUUUCAACAGAAGCUGGCGGUGAAGAUCGUUAAUUCAGAAAGAUCUGAAGGCUUGGAGAUUCCAGAGCGUUACAUACUGGGAACAUUGAGGAACCAUCCGUAUAUCACUCAUCUAUUCGGAACAUUCCAGACAGAGACUCAUCUGUUCUUCGUCAUGGAAUUCGUGAGUGGCGGCAAUCUACGGAAACUGAUAGAAACUUCAGCUCCAUUUGGCUACGACAUGAUAAGACGCAUCACUUCUGAGAUUGUUUGUGGCCUGCAAUUCAUCCAUUCUCAUGAGAUCAUCCAUAGAGAUCUCACACCAGAGAACAUUCUACUGGACAGCGAGGGACACAUCAAGAUUGCAGACUUCGGCGUCUCACAGACUGAAGUCACAGAGACCAGAAAGAUGACGGGUACAGUUGCGGGUACAGACGUUUACAUGGCCCCAGAGGUCAUGGACAAAGAAGAAUACAACAUCUCAGCAGACUAUUACUCCUUGGGGGUGAUAUUGUAUGAGAUGGCCGUCAGCCCGGAUCACUUCAGAAAGAUCAAGGAAAACCAGAGUGAAAGUUUGUUAACGACAGUCUUCUCGGAGUUGGAAACCGCUCAUGACCGUUACAUCCGUGAACUCGUAGCUUUGCUCUUAUGGGAAAACAUUGAUAUACGGACAUACCUGGUACGUGACAUCAGACGACACACAUUUUUCGAGUGGUUUAAUUGGGACGAGGUGGAGAAAAGAGAGUCACCCCCAGCAUUUAAACCAAAACCGACUCUCACGGAACCUGAAUAUUUUAGUAUGACGGUAGAGGAAUUUAUGGAUCAUGAAAACCACCUGGAGUAUUCCGAAGAUUCUUCCAUGAUAAGGGAAGAAGCCUCUGUAAACCAAGAGGACCUGGAGUAUUCCAAAGAUUCUUCCAUGAUAAGGGAAGAAGCCACUGUAAACCAAGAGGACCUUGAGUAUUCUGAAGAUUCUUCCAUGAUAAGGGAAGAAGCCACUGUAAACCAAGAGGACCUGGAGUAUUCCAAAGAUUCUUCCAUGAUAAGGGAAGAAGCCACUGUAAACCAAGAGAACCUUGAGUAUUCUGAAGAUUCUUCCAUGAUAAGGGAAGAAGCCACUGUAAACCAAGAGGACCUUGAGUAUUCUGAAGAUUCUUCCACGAUAAGGGAAGAAGCCACUGUAAACCAAGAGGACCUGGAGUAUUCUGAAGAUUCUUCCAUGAUAAGGGAAGAAGCCACUGUAAACCAAGAGGACCUGGAGUAUUCCGAAGAUUCUUCCAUGAUAAGGGAAGAAGCCACUGUAAACCAAGAGGACCUUGAGUAUUCUGAAGAUUCUUCCAUGAUAAGGGAAGAAGCCAUUGUAAACCAAGAGGACCUGGAGUAUUCCAAAGGUUCUUCCGUGAUAAGCGAAGAAGCCACUAUAAACUAA